CUGUCAGAAUUUCCUCCACAGAAGCUGUUUAGGAUGAUCUUUUCUCUUGUAGGAUGUUACAGCACCUGUACUUUUAGUUUAGAAAACAAUGAAACAUCAGUGGUUUUAUUCUGUUUCCUUUCAUCCCUCACAGCUCGUCUGACCAUCAGUCCCAGCAGAUCUCAGCUUUUUAAAGGAGACUCUGUGUCUCUGAUCUGUGAGGAGGACAGCUCUACUGGAUGGACGGUGAGGAGAAACAUGACCAAGAAGACCAGGACUCAGUGUGGAUCUGGGUGGGGAGAAGCAGCUGGUUCUUCUUGUAACAUCAGCUACAUGUUAACAUGGGACUCUGGAGUUUACUGGUGUGAGUCCAGAGAGGGAGCAACCAGUAACAGCAUCACCCUCACUGUCACUGGUGGAUCAGUGAUCCUGCAGAGUCCUGUCCUCCCUGUGAUGGAGGGAGAUGACCUCACUCUGAGCUGUCAAUCAAAGUCUCCCUCCAACCUCCCAGCUGCUUUCUAUAAAGAUGGCUCCCUCAUCAGGACUGAGUCUACAGGUCACAUGACCCUCCACCAUGUUACCAGGUCUGAUGAAGGUCUCUACAGGUGUAGCAUCAGCAGUCAUGGAGAGUCUCCACCCAGCUGGAUCUCUGUCACAGAAAAACCUACAACCACAUCCCCACCCGUAUCAACAACUCCGCCCACUUCAACAUACCCGCCUGUAUCAACAACUCCGCCCGUAUCAACGACUCCGCCCACUACUGUAGCUCUGCCCCCUGCUUCAUGCUCCUUCCAUCUUGGGUUCAUGCUGUUCCUCCACCUGCUGGUGUUCUGUCCGUACUUCAUCUCCACCCUCCUCAUGGUGUCUUUAUAUCCACACAGAGACACAGGAAGUGACCUGGCCGUCUCCAUGGUGAUGACUCCAUCCACCCAGGCUGAUCAGGGAUUGGAUGAUGACUAUGAUGAUGUCACCACAGAGCAUCAUCUAAACUGAGCUGAACAUCUCAUCUCUCUCUUCUCCUGAUGUUCUUCUUUCACAUGAGAACUUUCUAGAACUGAGGUCAACAUCUGUGAACAGAGACGUCACAUCUGUCUGUUUAUCCUGGAAAUAAAGCAGUGAAGGGGGCGUGGCCUGUCUGCUCUGCUUCUUUUACACACCUGGACAGAACAGCUGCUACACUGGAUCCACAUCAACACAUGAUGAAGGUCUCUGUAAGUGGAACAUCAUCAUCAUGGUAGACUCCCCGUACACGGGGAGAACAUAGAAACUCCACACAGAAAGACCACUGUUCAAACCCCCCCAGCCCAGGUGGUGGUGCUAACCACCACACCAUCCUGCAGCUCUAACUGCCACCACAGUUUUCUCAUUAUAAUCAUUUUCUGCUUUUCAUCUUUACUUUUACCAGCAGAACCUGGUCAGUCAGUAAUAUUCUAAGUCAUGGGAUCUCUGGUAAAUCCGUGUGAUCAGCUGCUGCCUCAGCUAGGAUGACGUCAUGAGAGCACAUAAAGUGGAGAUAAUAAAGAUCUCCAUCAGGAUGGAUCACUGUGUAUCUGAUUAUGUUUAACAAUCUGUCCAAGAUGUGACGUGGAAGCAGAUCCUGGAGCAGGAAUGGGUGGAAACUCUGGAAAUACUGCUUAGUUUCAUGUUGGAUGUUUGUGAGAAAGAAAGAAUAAUUAAAAUGUUUUAUUUAGUUGGUAAAGUGUAACCAGGCUGACAUCAUGGUGAAGCAUCUCCGUUACUCCACACUAUGAGUCCUAAACUGUGAUGUACAUGUUUAACUAACCUAUAGGAAUGAUGAUCAGCUCCAUGUGCUCGCUAACUUACCGAAGGUUAAUUCUAUAGAACCAGAAAAGCAGAACAUACUGGGUUUUAUACUUGGCUUACAGGACGUUUGUAAAGGUUCAUUUAGGUUUUAAAUGAGUACUUUUACUGUGAGGUAGCAAGUCCCUGUUUUUAUUUCAUUAAAGAAAAACACCUGCAUGUAUAAAACAUAAUAAAACAUAAAGCUUCCUACAGAUUGCUGGG